AUGCAACAACAAUCUCAGGCUCAAAAUCUUCGUGGUUCACGAUUAAGUACAAGUUCUCAUUCUUCAACAUCUUUAAUAACAAGUCCAGUAUUGAAUGGAUUACUUCCCAUACAUCGUGCAUCUCAAACAUUACCUCCAAGUUUAUCUAUUGGAAAAGAACAAGCGUCUCCUCAAACGCGUUUUUUACAAUUAACAAAUGAUCAAAUAAAACGUAUUGAAACAUUUAAACAAAUCGUAUUAUUUCUAACCUUAACAAUUCUUUUUGCGUUUCUUCUUAUCAUAACAGUUGAAUUAGCCAAAGAACUUGUUCGUGACAAAAAAGAAGAAUUCUCUUCAAAUUUAUCUUUAUCAAACAAUCAAACAAAAUCAUUUGAUGAAACAUCGUCAUCAAUUCGCUCAUUUUUUGCAUCUGUUUGGAUUUUCAAUGUUUUCCUCUUCUUCAUUUGUUUAUUUAUCCAUUUAAUUCUUUAUCGACAACGUUUACAACGCGAUCGAGCUCGUGCAGCUUUUCUACGAGAAUUCGGUCAAAUUUUUGAUGGUGGAAAGAGUUCGUCAACAAAUACGUUGAUUGAUUAUUUAUUAAAAACAUGUUUGUUGUGUUUUCUAUGGUAUUUUUCAUGUUAUCUAUUAUUUCGCUCAAUGAUGAUACUCUUACCGGUGGAAAUUUUGAUCUUAUAUUCCAUAACAGUCACUCUACGUCAAGUACUCGGAUGGAUUUUUUUACAAGAGGAAUUUAUUGGAAAUAAAAUCAUUGCACAUAUUCUGGCGUUGUCUGGUUUACUUUCGUUAGCGCAUAAUGAUGGCUUUCGAUUUAAUCGAUUUUUACUUGGAUUAACAAUGGUUGUUGGUGCUGUAUCGAUGAAAACAACAUUUGACGUACUCGUCAAUGGUUUUGUAAAAGAUUUUAAAUGUUCGAAAUAUCGAAUAGUGAUGAUCAAUGUUUGUCUAUGUGGAACAUGUAUUUUUUGGCCAUUUGCUUUAUUAUUUCAUGUAACUCAAAUUGAACCAAUCAUAAUUCGUCAAUUUUAUUCAUUAAUUCCAAUUCUUAUAUUAAUUUCUGCGCUUUUAUUCAAUAUAUUUUUAAUAACAUUUCCAUUUAAAUAUACAACAUUACCCAAUGUAACUUCGUUACUCAUCGCUAUUCCAUCUGUUGCAAUUAUUGAUCAUUAUAUAUACAUGAAAACCUAUUCCGCUCUGGUUAUCACCGCAAUUUUAUGUGCUUGUGCUGGAAUUCUUCUUUCCAUGAUUCCCAAACAAUGGUUUCAACCAAGUGAAACAACUAAAAUGAAACAAGCAUUGGGUUUACUUAAUAAAGAUACCAAUCCGAGUGCUUCUGCUGGUUUAUUAAAUCCAAUGGGAACAACUACUGGUACAUCAUCAGCUUUCGAAGAAAUUAGAGCUCAACGACGCAUUAGAAACGCACUUCUAUACAACGAUGGUAAAACGUGA